AUGCGUCACACCAAAACCCCACGCAUCUACCUUAUCGGUCGAGAUCAGACGAGAGCAUCAGAGAUCAUCGAUGACCUUAAGCUCGCGAACCCAGAGGGACAGGUACAUUUUAUCAAAUCUGACGUCUCCUUGCUACGGGAGGUGGAUGAGGCAUGCCGCGUCAUUCAACACAAGGAGGACAAGAUCAAUUUGUUGUUUCUAAGUCCUGGAGUGGGAACAGCCAAAGGCAGGGAUGAAACGGACGAGGGACUUGACAAAAAGCUCAAUCUUCACUACUACAGCCGAAUGAGGUUUGUAGUAAACUUCCUACCCGAGUUGACCAAGGCAGGCACGACCGGAGAUACAGCAAAGCCCGGAACGGGUCUAUCCCGCGUUGUCUCAGUUCUCGGAGCAGGCAGUGAAGCUGCUCUUCAGCUUGCUGAUCUUUCUCUCAAAAUCCACUACUCCAUGUCCAUGGAGCAUCUCGCCUCAUCACAUCCAAACAUCUCAUUUAUUCACUGUUCCCCCGGGAUUGUAAGGACUCGCCUCAUGCGAGACAUGAAUCCUUUGGGGAAAUUUGCAAUUGACUCGCUGAUGUUUUUGGUAAAGUCACGGGAAAUACCUUUGGUGGAAAGUGGAGAGAGACAUCUGCAUGUGGCGACUAGCCCGCAGUUUCCGCCGCGUGCGUGGACGAGCAAUGACGCCGCUGAGGGGUCUGAUGCUCAUAUUGGCAGUGGCUUCUAUCGAGUUGCGCCUGAUGGGUCGACAUACAAGAGUAGCAAAAUCAUGCAGCAGUAUCGCGAAGAUGGAACAAGGAGUCUUAUUUGGAAGCACACGCUAGAGACCUUUGCGAAGGUCUGUGGCGACCAAAGAAGCGAGCGCGAGGAUGAUAUCGCGGAUAUUUAG